UGUGUCUAGAGAUGAAGAUUCUGAAGGAAAAUGCAGGCCCGCUUACGAAUUUUGAAGUGCUUGAUUUUUUACGAUCUAGAGGGGCUGCAAAAGACCCCACACGGGUUCUUGCUUCGGUAGCACCUUCAGAAUUCAAGGUUUACGACUACCUGGAGCACACGGCAGCUUCUAGUCAAACAAAAGAGAGCAUUACUGAGUUUGCGGCUAAAUGUAAACCAUACAAGCUUACAAAGUCUGAGAUCAUUAACAUCGUCAACAUUAGACCGUCUUCGUCUGUCGAAAUUUACCCCUUGAUUGAGAAUCUUGAGGCACGACUAGAAGAAAGUGUUGAAGAAUUGGUUGAGUUGGUUUUGCAAGUGUUUCCCUCUUCUGAAGAACAAAGUAAAUCUGAUGAAUGAAUGAAUGAAAGCAAACCUUAUAUGUAUGCUACCAUUGUUUGUUAUCUGUCCUUGAAAAUUUAAUUAAAAUCGACAGUCAAACACAUCA